AUGUCGGGUGAUGAUCCAAUCCGCUCCAUUAUUUUCGAACGUCAAGAAGCAGCUCUUUGUGCUCAGCACGCACUGAAUAUGCUAAUCCAGGAUCACGUUUUCAAUUACGAGUCUUUGACAAUGGUAGCUACACAAAUGGAUCUACUGGAACGUAGCCUUCUCGGAGAAAAUGCAAUUGCAGCAAGACCAAGUGAAAAUAUGAAUGCCAGUGGAUUCUUCUCAAUUCAAGUAAUCCAAAAAGCACUCGAAGCGUACUCUCUUCAGCUGGUUAACAUCGAACAUCCAUCGAUGGCAGAAUAUAAAGCGAAUCCAAUAAUUGGCCGAGCCUACAUUUGUAAUCUCCGUGAACAUUGGUUCGUCAUUCGGAGAUUCGGAAAUCAAUGGUUUGAAUUGAAUUCAGUGAAAACGGGACCACGGCUUCUGACCAAUACGUAUGUCCAUGAAUAUCUUCACCAACUGUCUGCCGAAGGUUACUCGACUUUCGUUGUUCAAGGAGAACUCCCUGCUUCAGAAGCUGAUCAAUUUAUCACUCUCUGCCCGGUUGUACUCAAACCAUCUCCGAAAAAAGAGCUUGGACCGGUGGAAAAAUUUGUGAAAUCAGUCGGGAGACGACUUGGUGGCUCAUCUGAUUCUAGAGAUUCACCGGAAGAACGAGAAUUAGCUAUUGCAAUGGCAAUGUCAAUGGAAACAAAUUCUGGAUCAGUUGUAAAUUCGGAAGAAAGUGAAGAUGCAAUGCUCAAGAAAGCCAUUGAAAUGAGUCUCGAAAAGGUUUCGGAAGCUCAUACUGCUCCAGAUGCUGCAAAUGGUCAGGAACUCGCCACGUCAUCUGAGGCUACUGAAAUGAUGGAAACUCCUAUUCUCAGUGAACCGACACCAUCCGACACCUCGUCAUCUGAGAGCAGUACUCCAAGAGAUCUCAAUGAAGAAGUGAGAAGAAAGCGAGAAAAGUUGAUGCAACAAGCCGAGAAGAAAAAAGAAGAAACGGAGUAG